AUGUAUUUCCACUUUGCUUUUCUGCUGCUGCAGGCGGCCCUGUUGAACAAAGGGCCCAUUGGGGCUCCCUUCAGCCUCAUCCCUCCAAGCACAGCCAUGGGCUCCUGCUUCACCUUCCUGCCCCAGGAGGGCAUCGUGGCACCGCACGGGUUCCAGAUCAUCCAGAUCUCCUUCUGUCCCACCAUGAUGGGGGAGUUUGAGGAAGAGUUCUGCUUCCGUGUGACUGAAUCCCCUAAGCCUGUGACCUUGACUAUCAGGGGCUCCGUGACGGGACCGACUUUCCAUUUUGAUGUGCCCGCCCUGCACUUCGGUGACGUCUCCUUUGGUUUUCCUCACACCUUGAAGUGUUGCCUGUAUAACACCUCCCUGGUACACAUGGCCUUCAAGCUCCACAUUCCUGGCGAUGGCUUGGGAGAGCCCAGCAUUGACAUCUCUGCUAAGAUACCCGAUCCCAGUAGCCAGUGUUGGAGGAAGGAAGCUCCAGGCCUUAGGAGGCCAAGGGAAUUUACCAUAAGCCCCUGCAGCGGGACCGUCCGUGCCCUGGGAUCCGAGGAUAUCAAGGUCACCCUGUGUUCCAACACCGUUGGAGAGUACAAGCUGGAGCUGGUGCUGGACGUGGAGGAUGUUGGCAAGAAGGCGUUGGCACUGCCCCUCACGGCCAGGUGCGUCGUUCCUCCACUGCGAGUGCUCGACCCUGUCGUGUCAUUCAGGCGCUGCUAUCUAGAGGUCCCCUAUGAGAAGAAGCUGACCCUUGUGAAUGACAGCGACUUUCCUGGCUGCUACUGUGUUCUCCCUCAGGAGAACAAGGAGGAGGCUGCCACAUGGUACUGCACCUCUAUGGCAACUGGGAUUAUCGAGGCUCGCGGGUCGGUGCAGAUCCCAAUUGUCCUCCAGGCCCGCUUGCUGGGAGAGUGCGACGUCACUGCGGAGCUCGCCGUGCUUGGGAGAGGAGGAUCCCCACUGGAAAUCCACUUAGAGUGCAUUGGCCAGGGACCCAUUGUCUGUGUCUAUCCGAGGGAGAUAAACUUUGGCGUUAUCCGAGUCUUAAAAGAUCGUACCAAAACUUUCUACCUCGCCAAUCAGUGUGACCUUCCUGCAACCUUCCAGGCAAAGAUGGCUGGGAAACACUCCUGCUGGAGGCUUGAGCCCAGUGAAGGAGUGGUCCCCCCUAACACUGAGGUGGCCGUGCGUGUCAUCGCACACCUGAGUGACACGCUGAAAUUCCAGGGGGAGGUGAAGGUGUCCAUUGAGAACAGCACCACCACCAUCAUCUCUCUCCAGGCUGUGGGCAAGGGCGCCACAAUUGCCAUGGACAAAUCCCUCACCUCGGGGAUCAACCUGAAGUCCCAAUUCAGCUUCACUCCCUGCUAUUUCCAUUUCAAAAUGACAAACACAGGACGACGCAUCCAUCGGCUCUACUGGAGCACAGAAGGUUUUGGCACCUUCCAGCACAGGACUCGUCCCCCUGCCCUGGGUGGCAAAAGGAAAACCAAAGGGAAAGCUGCUUCCCAGAUCCCCAGACCUGGCAGCCCCGUGUUCAAGGUCCAGCCGCUGCAGGUGGACCUGAGCCCAGGCCAGACUGUGGAGAUGGUGCUGGAAGGCUGCUCCAGCACUGCCCAGGAGGUGAAGGAGCGGCUGCUGUGUCACGCUCAGGUGGGCAAUGUGAAGGAACAGAUAGUGCAAGUGGAUGUCACCUGCAAGUUCAUUUGCCCUGUUGUGCAAAUGUCUUCCAGAGCAAUCACUUUCCGUGUGGAAAAGAAACCCAGUGAUGUCCUGACGCUCCAGUACCAGCCUUUGUCUUUAAAAAACACCUGCUCCCUGCCCUUCAGCAUUGUGCUGGACUUGGAGCAGCCCUUCCUGAUCUGCAAUGCAGACCAGCAGCCCCUCCCUGCAGAUUCCAAGCCCAUGACACUGGAUGUAGGGGAGGAACUUCAUCUCUGCAUCCAGUUUAACCCAGCUUAUGAGAACAAUCUGCAUAGCCGGGUGGCAGAGAGGGUUCUCAGGAUACGCUUCACGGAGCAUCCUCAUGAGGAGCAGAUCACAGUUCGGGGAGAAGUCCACUUCCCGAAUCUCCAUCUCGAGACCAAGGCCGUGGACUUUGGCUGCAUCAUGAAUGACACGGAGGAAAUGCUCUUUAUGCGCAUGACCAACUGCAGCCCUCUUCCCGUUCGCUACCAUUGGUCAUUCCUGACCGACAGGCAGCUGAACACCAUAAGGUUCAUCCCUUCACCACCUAAAUUCAAACCCCGCUCAUCAAAGAACGAGGGAGUGUUCCCAAGGAGAUACUCCAAGAUUGAAAGCGUGGAGGAGCCAACCAAAACCCCGGUUUUCAGUGUCUGGCCGAGGCGGUGUGUGCUGGAGCCAGGAGAGAGCGAGGUGGUCAUCUUCACCUUCUUUGGCCACGCCAACAUCAAGGCCCGUGGCAGGGCGCUGUGCCACGUGGAGGGAGGCCCCACCUACGAGGUGCUGGUGACCGGGCAGGCUUCAUACCCCAGCUACCAACUGGACGUGGAGGAGAUCGACUGGGGGCUGCAGGUGUUUAACAAAGUCCUCAAAGCAGAGGUCACCCUGCAGAACACCGGGGUCCUUGAAUUCACCUACGUGGUGCCAGAGUCCAGCACCGACACUGCAGCAAACCCUCUGCCUGGUGUGCCCGUGGUCGUGCCCAGCACAGGUUCCAUUGCACCUGGCAAGAAGCAAGUGUUGGAAGUCUAUUAUCUGCCAGGAAAGCUAGGAGUCUUCUGCAAGACUGUCCAGGUGCAAGUGGCUUCUCUGGACCCAGCAGAAAUCUUCCUGAAAGGAGAGGGGACCUCCCCUGGGGUUACCAAGGACCUACCCAGGAUGUUGAAAGAAGAGGAGGAGGUAGUGCAAGAGGAAGAAGAAAACCCGGAGCAGGAAGAAAGGGAGAGGGAUGAAUCUGUGGUCCUGGAGUCACGGAUGGAGUCACGGAUGGAGUCACGGAUGGAGUCACGGAUGGAGUCACUGAUUGUCACAGCUGAACAACAGUGAUGCUGCCAACCUUGCGAUUUCAGCUGAGGAUAAAGAAACUGAAUCAUCCAUAUAUUCUUCAGAAGACAAACCCUGAGAAGUUCAAGGGAAACUGGGAAGCUCUUUGAAGAACCUACUGAGCCAUAAGAACCUCGAGGAUCGGCAUUGGCACACCUUGUUUACCAAUAAAGCAGGGAGAAUAAU